CAAGGCGGUUGAAUGGCGUAAACGGCAUUUCACAUGUAGACCUUGGUCUUUGAGUUACCAGGUCGGUGUUAUAUGUCGGGGAAUUAUAUCGUUGGAUAUGUGAUUAUGGGCCUUGAUUGAUCGCUAUGUCAGACAAAUCAGUGGUUGUGGACCCUGACAAGGUGGUGACGGACGGGGAGUUGGCUGCCGUCAUCGUUGUCUCCAUCCUCAUCUUCAUCCUCCUAGUGAUACAGAUAGCGCUUCUCAUCUACAUCUUCUGUCGCAAGAAACGAUGUCCGUGUUCGAGGAAGAAAUCAGCGUCGGGCACGAAACCGUAUUAUGAAAACAGGUAUGGAGAGAUCCGCUUGAAAUACGCUACAGGGAAACACACAAGCUCUAAGAAGUCAGACAAAGUGUCUCUUAUCAGAGAGGAAAUCACCCACUGCGAGGACUCUCAGCCGAUCGUGCGUAAGAAUGAAGAUCAACACUCAAAGAAAGCUCAACCGCCUCCCACGCAUGAGGACCUGGGUGAUAAACAGGUGGAAGAAGACAAAGAUGUUGGGGAAGAUGAGUCGGACCCGGAUGACGAGGGGAAGAAGAAGGAUAACGAAAGUGAUCCACCUGUGAUCGCCGAGCCGCCAGUAGUUGAGAACGAAGAUGACCACACAAAGGAAGCUCAGCCGCUUGCCAAGCAUGAGGACCUGGGUGAUAAACAGGAGGACCUUGGUGAUAAACAGGAGGACCUGGGUGAUAAACAGGAAGACCUGGGUGAUAAACAGGAGGACCUGGGUGAUAAACAGAAGGGAGAAGACAAAGAUGCUGGAGAAGAUGAGACGGACCCGGAUGACGAGGGGAAGAAGAAGGAUGACGAAAGUGAUCCACCUGUGAUCGCCGAGCCGCCUGUAGUUGAGAAAGAAGAUGAACACACAAAGGAACCACCUCUUCUCAAGCAUCAGGACCUGGGUGGUAAACAGGAGGACCUGGGUGACAAACAGGAGGACCUUGGUGAUAAACAGGAGGACCUUGGUGAUAAACAGGAGGACAUUGGUGACAAACAAGAGGACCUGGGUGAUAAACAGGAGGACAUUGGUGGUAAACAAGAGGACCUGGGUGAUAAACAGGAGGACCUGGGUGAUAAACAGGAGGACCUGGGUGAUAAACAGCUGGACCUGGGUGAUAAACAGGAGGACCUGAGUGAUAAACAGAAGGGAGAAGACAAAGAUGUUGGGGAAGAUGAACUGACCCCGGAUGACAAGGGGAAGAAGAAGGAUGACGAAAGUGAUCCAUCUGUGAUAGUCAAGCUUGCAGCGUUUGAUGAGGAGGGUCAAGAGGAGGAAGACACACCAGAGGGUUCAACGUCCAGGUCCUCAGUGACCUCCAGUGUAACGUCACUCCAGUCCCAUGUACACGUAACGUUACCAGGGCAAUCUGGCGGGGAGGAUGUUCCAAUUGUUUUGAGAAGUCUGAGAAGAGGGACGUUCCGACCACCGAUAUCGGAGUAUUCCAAAGGGUUGCCUUCCGACUUGCCACGGUUCUCCCUUCCGCCCAGGGGGAUUAUUGACGCAUGGAUAGACCCACCGCAGGAGGUCACGAAAGAAAGUAAACCACAUGACAAGCUGUGGACACUGGAAGACCUACAGGGUGAUGAGGACCAGGGCUAUAGUGAUGCAAGGAAACAGAAGGGUUCGGGUCAUGACUUGAAUGGUAGUGAAACCACUGGGAGCUAUGAGACAGAAGAAGGAUCAGGCGAUGAUGUGAAGAAUGGUAUGGGGUUAAAUGGAAGGCCAGGUGUUUAUCCUGCAAAAGGUCUAACAGGAGCUGAUGGAUUUGUCGGAGGAAAUGGCAGAGGAACUGAUGGAGGAACUGGAGGAAGAACCGGUAGAAGAACUGACGGAGGACCUGCUGGAGAAACUGGUAGAGGAACUGAUGGACGAAACGGUGGAAAGGCCGGUAGAGGAACUGAUGGACGAACCGGUAGAGGAACUAGCGGACCUGCUGGGGAAACUGAUGGACGAACUGGUGGAAAGGCUGGUAGGGGAAUUGAUGGAGGACCUGCUGGAGAAACCGGUAGAGGAACUGAUGGACGAACCGGUGGAAAGGCUGGUAGAGGAACUGAUGGAGGACCUGCUGGAGAAACCGGUAGAGGAACUGGUAAAGUAACUGGUGAAGGAACUGAUGGAGGAAUGGGUGGAGAAAGUGGUGCAGGAACUGGCCAUCAAGGCAAAGGUGAGAAUGGCAAUAAAGGUAGAGGCAACAAGAAGAACAGAAAUACAAAUGCAAAGGAUCCCACAUCACAGGGUGAAGGCAAAGAUGUCAAUGAGAACAGGGGAAAUGACAAACAUCAUCGCGGUCCAAAUAAUGGUAAACAGAUGACAAGUGGUAAAGAAAGUAUCAUUCCUCUCGGCAAAGAAAAUGAUUCUUGGUCUGGGAGAGGGGACAGCAUCAAGAAACCCAAUGACAAAGCGAAACGCACAUUGAAUGAAGAUGAAGAAAAGUUUGGCGUUGGUUUUCCUAUAGGUGCCGGACAAAGACAGGGAGUGAAUGACGGUGACUCUGGAUUUGGCCGUGGCGAGUCCAGCACUGACGGAAGUCUGAAGGGUAGAAGAGUGGAGGGGGGCUACAUUAUUGAUGAUGAAGACAACGUCAGUUAUGUUGGUGAGGAUGGAAAGCAGUACUGGCCGGACGGGAAGGGACGAUACAGGGGUAUGGAGCAGUGGUAUGAUACGGAAGACUCUACAGCUGCUGAUAUGAACCUUGAAGAUCUUGAGUUUGAUGAUAGGAAUCAAAUAAUCAAACCUGGCGGUUUUGAAUCCAGCCAUCUGCCAAACUCAACUGCACUGCCCAGACAUCCUAACACCAAGAUAGCAUUUGAAAACGAGACACACAAAGAUGGCCCAUCUAGAACACGACCAGGGAAAAGAGUAGGCCCAUAUGAUAAGAACAAUAUGAAUACAAAAGCGGGGAGUGUUCCUAAAGGGACCAAACAUGAUUCGGAUCACAAAAGGAACACUAAGGGUGCGCUACCAGGGACACAGAGUGAAAUGGACAAUAGUAAUGCUGGUAGCAGCCGGGGGAAAUCACUAAAAGGUUCGGGUGGUGUCAUGACAAAUUCUGACGUUGGUAAGAAAGCGUCAAGUGUUGGGAUGUCCCGAGCUGAAGGACACCUCUCAGGGGAAGAUGAGAGUUCGGAUUCAUGUUAUGGAUAUCGUACUUUAGGAAGGCCGCCUAUUAGAGAUGAUCAGACCGGAAAGACAAGGUGGGACAUGAAUACCAUUGCUACUUUUGACUCAGACAGAGAUAAGUUGAAUUCUCGGGGAGUCAGACUGGGGCGUGGAUUACCUACAGACGCUAUCGUUGAAGACGAGGGAGAAGAUAGUGAUGAGGAGGUAGAGUAUUUUAAGUCUGGUUCUUUAAGGGUAAAACGCUAUAAGAAGAAGGGGAGGAGGGAAAUGGGAGAAGCAAAAGAGCAGUACCAAGACGAAGAAGACAUCGUCGGUUCUCGGGAAACAAGAACUCUUAGAAUACGUUUGAGAAGAGGAACUGGCCACGAUGAACAGGAGGUGCCUGAAGAGGUUGUUCCUGGUGGACAGACAGAGGGGGCGAGGAAGAGGAGGAGGAGGAGGCGAGGAAGACGAAAUGAGGACAAACAGGUGCGAGGGCCGAAGGUUGGAUAUCAGUGGGAUGCCUACCUACAGUACUACGGUGAUGAUAUGUAUUCACUCUUGAAAAUGAUUUUCAUGGAGUCCGAUGAUGACUAUCGAUAGCCAGACCAUCUCCCUCAGGGUGCCUAUAUGGGUUCCUAGAGUAUUUAUCAAAAGAAAUUAAUAUAUUUUCGUUUGUGCCACAAUACUGUCAAUACUGGAAGUAUUGUGGGCUAACAGACAUGACUAGUAGGGCCACGUACUUAACAUGUGGCUCUAAUUUACGACAAAACGUAAUGGUAUAAUGACAUGAUCACUACUUAUAUGCAGUAGCAUUUUGCCAGUAUCUGUGCUUGGUAAACUAGCCAUAAAUGUAGCGUUCGCAAGGUAUCCUGCGUUUACAAAUUGUCUCAUAAGGGACCGACUACUGAAUAUUCUUGCGGAGGGUGUCAGUCACUGCUUCAGAACCCUUCCACUCCAGAUUCACACAUGUAUAUAGGAAAAACUAGUUUUAUCAUAUCAGACGUCCAUGUAUUUAUUUCAUAACCCAUAGUAAGCAGUGAUUGACACGUCAUCUCAAAGCCGAACUGUGAUAUUAAUAUACGCCGACGUAAACCCAUACACCCUUCGUAAACAACGCCGUGGAAACUAUAUUAGGCUCUACAAAUCUUUUGGAUUUUGAGAUAGUCACUGUGAUACUAAUAAUCACCCUAAUCAUAUAGAAUAGAAGUAGAAACCACGUGAAGAGUUUCUGCCAUGUUGUACAUACUGUAUGCAUAUACGUGGGGUUCCCGUUAGUGCCAAAGGAUUGUAAAUACAGUGUCGUCGUCGUUAUAAACUAAUUAUCUCGUCUUUCGAUUAUUGGAGUACUUUAGUUAAGUUAAGAACAUUGUUUUAUGUUUUCUCUCUCUUUUACUGAUGUAUUAUUGUUAUAAUAUGUAAUUUAAUAGUUAAAUAAUGUGCGAAAUAUAUCUUGUUCUUAAUAUGCGUGUCCUGUUUACUCUUGUGGGGAUUUACAAGUUGUUAAAUGUGUAUUAAUACAUGCAUUAUU